AUGAGCAUAUUUGGAUUUGGAAACGACGAGCAUAAUGACGACUACAAAGUUGUUUAUGCUUAUUAUGCUGCUAACUAUGGUGAUGAAAAUGUGGUUUUGGUGUAUAGUUUUAAGUAUGGGCCAUGGAAAAAAAGUGAAAGAGGGUUUAGUAGUGGGUUUGUUAAUCCCAAAAAUGUUGUGUUUUUGAGUGGUAGUCUCAACUGGUGCAACAACAAACUAAAUAACAGUGACUGGAAUUGGAACAUAAUUUCUUUUAAUUUAACCAUUGAAACUGCCAAAGCUAUAGCUUUACCUAAUCAUGAAUAUGGGGCUGCUAUUUGUAUAAAUAAAUCAAGAGGAUUGCUUUUUGCAGGUUUUCAUUAUAAACGUCAAAUGGAAGUUUGGUUAACGAAUGAGUAUGGAGUUGAAGAAUUUUGGACUAAACUAGUUUGCAUUUGA